AUUUGAAAAUCACGACUGUUCGGUGGCCAAUUGUUAUGGAAAUUCUAGCAGUUUUAUGUUGACACGUCUAGUAACUUGAAGCCGCUCUCAAGACAUGAGGUAGAGUGUUGUUUGGAAUAGCAUGGCAAUUGACGUUAUUUUCGACCAAACACCAAAUACCAAAGCUCAUCUUUAAAGCUAGGAAGAUAUGGACGACGAAAUUGGUUACUGCGAUUACAGCUGCGAAUUAUGCAGCUUGGAUUUCACGACUAGACGAGAGCUAGAGGAGCAAACUUGGUCCAUACUUCACAAUACAAACCUAAGCAGGAAAAAGGGAAGAGAUUGCAAGCAUCCAUGUAGCUUGUGCAAACGGGAAUUUACAAGCCUUUCCGAAUUUAAAAGUCACUUGCAUGGUGACAGUCACCAGGAGAAGGUACACAAAUGGCAGAAAGAGCACCACCAUGAGUUGAGCCCAGAUAAAGAGCACUUAGAAAGUUCAGACAAAGAAAAACUUCAGAAGUCAGAAAAACACAAACCACAGAUCCCAGAAAAACAGAAACUGGAGAGAAAACCGCAAGGAAAAGAAGAAGGAGAACUGUCUGAUUGGGCUGCAGAUGAUUUGACAGGUGUAAACACUUUUGAGAAUUACUUGAGUGAUCCAGGCGGGGAAGCAAUCAUGAAUGGCUAUGGUAGGAGCCAUCAGCCUCCAUGUGGUAGGAGCCAUCAGCCUCCAUAUGGGGGUUAUCCUGGCCAGAGUCCACCAAGAGGAAUACCGAGUCUGUUGGACCCACACUUGCUUCCAGCUGGUCGUGCAGGGGAGUAUGGAUUUUACUAUCAGGAAGAAGAGAUGAGAAGGGGUAGAGGGCCCAACCCGCCAUGGCCUCAUGAUGCAAAUGACGGCUGCCCAGUUUGGAAUGGUUUUGACAAUGAACGGGAUUUCAGAGAGCCUUCAUACAUCCCUGAAUAUGCUAGAAUGAAUCAUUCAAGGAACUAUGAUAGCAGCUUUUCAGAUAAUUAUCCUCCAGGCCGUAAACGAAGGGUAUUUGAUGAAAGACAACCUGGUGAUCUGAGGGACAGAAUCAGUGGACGUGGGAGUACUUCGUCGCAAUCAUUUCAUGAAGAACGUCCGAGGGUAAGAAGUGUGGUUGAAUCGAGUUUUACGACUUCCAGAGAAAAUGAUGAACGAACUUAUUCGAGACAAAAUAGGAGAAAGGGUCUUGAUAAUCGAAGCCAAAGGGAAUCCCCACCCCGCACACAGGAUCCAGGAGGACGAAAGACCUCACAAGACAACAGAGACAAAGACUUCAAAGAAGGGUCACAAGGAAAAACAAGUCCUUCUUCAGAGAGUCUUAGUGGGAAAAGUGCAAGGAAGAGUAAACCACGUAAACUGACUCGAGCAGAAGAACAGAACAAAGAUGUCCCUAUUAGUAAGAAUAGUUCUUCAAAAAACGUUGAGGUCAACUCUCAUUCACCAAAGGGUAAGGAGUUAGAAGGAAAGAACAGCGAUGGGAACAAAACAAUGGAUGAGGAGAAAGAUCAGACCAAAUCUGGGGCUUCCUCUCAGCAAGUUAAAGGAAACAGGAAUGGGAAAUCAACCAUGGAUUUCAAGGACUCGAUUACCGAAAAGCCCGAAGCGAGAAAAGGUGAUCGGGGUGCCAAACAAAACACCGCAUCAACAACCACAACGGGGUCAACUUCAUCUGUUAAAGGGGAUACGCUAUCUUCAGCUAAAGGAGCUCGAGAUUUGUCCUCGCCACCCAUAAAAGGAGAACCUUCUUUGUCAGAAAACAAUAGUGCUAGUCCAUUAUCUUCCAAAAUGGACUCCUCGUCAGCUGCUGCCACUUUGCUGUCAGUCAAAGGGAAUUCUUCUUCAUCAGUGAAGGAGGGUUUUUCUGUGUUGACAAAAAUUAGUGCAACUUUACAAUUGAAAGAGAGUUCCAUCAUAACAGCCAUAAAGGAGUCUUCCCUUCAAACCAGAGGAGCCUUAUCUGCAUCCAACAACCCACAAUCCUCUUUAGCAACCAAUGGGAAAUCCUCACUGCCAACAGAAACCUCUGCGCCAGCCCUCGCUAGAGAAGCAACGAUUGAAAAGACGGUAGAAAAUCCUGCUCCAAAAACUUCAGACGAAUCCCUGAAAUCGAUCAAAAAUGGUAAAGAAGUAGUGACGGUUGCUCAUGGGAAGGUAAAUUCGGUUGCAUUUCUUGAUAAGCAAACGAGUCAGUCUCAGGAUUUCAAGAAAGCAGGAAAGAAAUGUGCAUUUUCUUCGUUAUCUGCAAGAGGCCAAAAAGAAUUUGGUUUGAAUGUAAAUGAACAGUCACAAUCACUCUUAUCUUUGAGCAAAGACAACGAGGGUUACUCGACUAAUUGUGCUGAUGAGACAAGUAACUUAUUGCAAGAGAGCAAAAAAGAAAAAACAGCCAAUAACCAAGGAAGAAACAGUUCGAAAGAAAGCGAACAAGUGAAUAAAUUAUCAACCAUUUCAGCAGUUGCUUCCUUGCCAUGGGAAAAGCGAGAAGAACAACUUAGAGCUUUGCUCGGUAUAAAGAAAGAGCCUAAAGACUUGGAGGACCAGAACACCAUUGCAUUCCCAGUGUCCAGGGUGACAUCGUCGUCGAGUGAGGAAAAUGUUACCAUCUCCACCGGCAGUGCAUCCACUGUGAACAGCUCAACUUCUUCUCCAAGUAAAUCCAACAGCUCAAGGGGUGUCCCUGUUUUCUCCCAGUUACCGUUCUGUCAGUCGCAGUGCAGUAUUGUUCACAUUGACGGAACACCAUGUGGUGCAGUCGCUGAGAACAAAUACUGUCCAUAUCAUCAACGAGUGUUUAAAAGGGAAGAGGGAAAUACCAAUCAGCAAAAUCGUGGCGCGAGAGGGAACCAGUGCAAGGGAAAUGAGGGUGAGUCUGAUUCGUUAAGGAAGAUUGUGGAUGAUCGCCAAAAUGGUGCGCAAAUCUUUAGACCAAUAACUCCCCCAUGUCAUCCGCCGCAGCGUCUUGGUUUGGACGGUGGUAAGAUCCAUGAUAAACAGGACAACAACCGAAGUGAGGGCGGCAGGAAUGCUCCGACGAGGUCUAGAGAAAACGAUCUUAAUUCAGAGGUGCCCCACGCAGAGUCCCGAGUCUCACGUGACCCUGUUGGAACAAUUGAUCUCAACUCUACUGUUCAAGGAGUGCCAAGGACCUUAUUUCCACACGAGUCUUUGGCAAAUGGAAGGAGUGGACCAAACAUUGACUCGAGCGAUAGGGUACCGACGAAGCCUCUGGGUAUCACACUGGAAGCUGCAACAACGUCAGAUACCGGUAUUGAUUUGAGUGGCACUGUGCCGAACCUUGAAGAGUUACUUGCGCUUCAUGGAUCUUCGGCAGAUGAAACCGAUGGUCCAAAAAUUGAUCUUUACAAAACUGGACCGAAGCAUGAUCAAUCUUGGAACCAACAGCGAUUGAAAGCUAAUACAAGGCCAACAGUCGAUCCUAGUUUAACUGCACCUUACCAUGGUGCGGCAGUGGGUGGAUCGUCUAAUGCAGCUAAUAGUGACCUGAAUGAGACCAUAGCCCUGACAGGAAGUUCACGAGCACCUCUGGAUAGCUUGAGGCACAAAAAUCAUCAAGCGGCAGAGGACGACAGACUUGGACAUCCGUCUGGUGCAAGUAUGCUUCCGAACUCAAAUGCUGACACGGAAAUGAUUGAUUUGAACUUAAGCACCAAGCUUCUCGGGGUUCCUCAUUCCGUUGUAAAUCCUUUCAAUACUAGACCAGAUAGAGAAAUGUCCAAAUCGCCGUCCGAACUUUCCACUAAAUCCUCCCAAUUAGCUUCUCGCAUCCAUUCUCCAUCACCUCAAGGCUCAAACGUUUGUACGUCACCUCUGUUACGUGGUCAGUCUCCAUCUCCUACGAUUUCGCUUCCAAAUUAUUCUCUUGAUCUGUCAAGGUUUAAUCUUCCUCCAGCAGUCCGCAAAGCUUUAGCUGAUCGUUACAAUAGCAAAAAAGUGUUGAGUGCUGCCAGUGGCUCAACGGUUGAGUCUUCUGAUGGUCGUAGAUCUCAUCCACUGUUCACAGACUCAACAAGAACUGAUGAUCAGAUUGAUAAAGGGAGAAAAUUAUCUCCCUUACCUGCGAGACUUCGCAGUAGAGGGCAAAGGAGUGUUAGUUUAGACUCGCCUUUGGUUAGGAAAGAAAAUUUGCACGGAGAAGGCUCUUCACGAGCAGCAUUUCUUGAACGAGGAAACUUUUGUGAUAAGAAUCGGUUUCUCAAUAGGCCUUCAAGCGAGACAAGCGAAGGACGUGAAAAGACUAGUUUGAUUUCAUCAGGCCAUAAUAUAGGAGGCUUGUUCAAAAGGUCAGGUGUUAUGUUACCCUCAACGAAUGCAUUACCUUUAGGUACACAAGCUGCUACUGCAAAAGAGGAUACAAAUGAACUUCAUCGUCGAGGGCUUAUUGAUUUGAGCUCGACCUCAUACUUCGAAGAAAUACCAGGGACUUCUGUCAACCAGGGUAGAUCACUGGCAGCGACCAGACCUACUAUUGAUAAUUCAAAGUCACCUUUCAGACCUUCAGUACUUCAAGAUCGAGGCCUGAUCGAUUUAAAUACCAGCAUGGAGCUUGGCAUUAGGGAGGCAGCCAGUCCAGGGACCCUUUCAGUAAUAAAGCGUAAGCGAGUAAAUUCCACAGAAGGAUCUGAAAGUUCCUCAAGUUCAUCAAGUGAACAGCUGAUUAAACGACUGAAACAAGAACAAGCGAUUGCUAAAGAGAACACUGCAGCCACCUACCGGCCAGGAAUAAAUGUUCAAGAACUACUGACGAUCGAACGAGAAGAGCAAAAUCAGCUGCAGAAUUUGCAUGCAGUGCAAUCAAGAUUAAAAUCUGUUCGCUCGCAUAUUCAGAAAUUAUGUACGGAACUGGAUUCUCUUAGCAGUGAGGAACAAAAAAUUACUCUCAAGAUGGGAGAGCUACGUAAUCAGAGACUGAGUAUUCUCGAAAAUGCUUGUUACGAAAGGCAAGUGCCAACGACUAGGACUGAAAUAGUAACGAGAGAACUUAGUGUAUCUACCGCUGAUGGUAAGGAAUCAUUGUCUUUUUCUUCUGAGUCUGGUAAAAGUGACACCUCAAACCUUAGUUAUUCUGCUUGGCAAAAUAAAUGUCAGGACAAUGUUUCAGUCGUCAAAGAUAAGAUUCAUCGGGGGCCUUAUAACAAGGAGGCGGAAGAGGAGGUUUAUAGCAGUGACAAUACUUCCCGUGCCAGAGACAAAGAACCCUUGCUAAAUGAAAGUAAUUUUAGCGGUGGACGUAUUGGGACUGCAACUAACUUUGUUUCGACAGGCGAAAUUCACCGCCAAAAACUACCUCAUCAAAAAGUUUUAAAGAAGCUUAACGUCGCGAAGCAAGCGGAAUCAUCAAAACAAGAGAUCAGUUUUAUUGAAGGGGCUAAGAAUAUCAUAUCGUCAGGGGUUCAAAUAAGCGUUAAAGCUGCGUGCAGUGAACCUGCCGAAGAGACCUCGGACAUGCAUAAAAAAAGUGACACCAACAGUUUUGGCAUAGAUCUUGGGCUUGGUGCCGUUCGUGGUUCAGGAAACCUUGGGAAUGCACCUAUGCAUAAUCCAAGUGGAGCAAACAACGACAACGAAGCGAGAGAAGGUCUUGUGAAGAAAGUGAAACCAAUUUAUCAUCCAGAGAAAGCGCCAUUUAGGAAAAAGAGCAGUUCAGAUGUUAGUAUCUCCAAGACCUUUGAGGCGAAUAGAAAGAAAAUACAGUCAGUGCGAGAAAACAUGGAGCGCUGGAAAUGUCAAGAGGAAAGUGAAGGUUUGCGUGAAUCAAAUGAUAACGAAACUAAAAAACAGACCAGCUCGUCCAGGUCACAAAGUGCAGAGAAUCACCAUAAUUCAAAUAUAGUGGAGGAGGAAUGUUUACCUCGUAAAUUGGUUAUUCACGAAAAGAACGCGUCCAGAAAGACGACGAAAGAGCUGAAAAAAUCAAGUCUCUUCCAAUCGAAGAAGAAAAACCCCAAGGAGGUACAAAAAAACAAAUUGAACAAAACGCAACUUAGAGAGAAAGAGAAAGCCAAUAAAACUGACGCUAUUCCUGUCAAACGACGUAAGAUGGCGGACACUUCGUGCAACAAAUCCUCCACCUUUCCAUUGAAGGAGAAACCUGUAUCCAAAAUUAAGAAUCAAGUUGGGAGUGCCGCGGCUCACACGACCACAACUGACCUGGAAGGACCUGGAUCCGAAGAAAGAAGCCACACGGAAGAUGAAAUUCCAACACGAGAUGUGGAUAGCCAGUCAGGGAAUAUGAAAUCCAGCCGUCCUAGUCAUCUAAAAAUUCCUUCCUCAACUGUUGAGUCGCUUAAGAAGAGUUUGCAGAACCCAAAAGAUGGGAGAUUCCGUGGUGUACUGGCGACCAAGUUUCCCGGACACACUGGAGCUGUCUGCGGGUUAAGGGUACACAAUGGCUAUCUGUUUACUUGUUCCACCGAUAAAACUACGAGAUCAUUCAACAUUCAGACAGGGGAAUGUGUCAAAAUGUAUCAAGGGCAUCACCUAGCUGUCAACUGCAUUGAGGUUUCUGCGGACAACGACAGAUUAUUCACCGGAUCCAAUGACCAAACUGUCAGGAGCUACAACAUAAAGAGUGGCAACUGCACCCACAGGUUUACUUUUGAUGGUCGUGUUAUGUGUCUUCAAGCCGCUUUUGAUCUUCUGUUUGUUGGACUCAGUACUGGUGUUGUAGCCUCCAUCGACUUGGUGAAUAACAUAUGCCAAGAGCGCCUCCAUUGCCAUGAGCCCCGUGGAGUUAGCUGUCUUGCAACAGCUACUGAAGGACAGCGAAAGCUUUUGUGCUCUGGUUCAUUUGAUUCAACUAUUGCUAUCAGAGAUUGCAAGACUGGUCUUCUCGUUCGGACACUCUAUGAUCACAGCAUGACUGUUUUAUGUAUUCAGGUUGUGGAGAAUAUUUUAUACAGUGGAUCUGCUGAUAUGAAAGUUCAGGCUCAUAACUUGAAUACUGGAGAGCUUCUGAGAAGCUUCGACGGUCAUCCAAUGAGUGUCAGCGGACUUCAAAUUAUCGGCAAUGUUUUAGUGACGUCAUGUUUGGAUAAACUUAUUCGUUGCUAUGACCUCACAUCGGCAGAUCUUCUUCAAGUGUAUGGUGGUCAGAUGGACAUGAUUUUCUCAGUACACGUUAACAAUGGAAGGAUUUACAGCGGAGCACGUGAUGGGUCUGUUGUGGCUGUAAAACUGGAUUUACGUGUUUACCAUGCUUGCAAGUGGCGAGACUGUGAUCUCAAUUUUGGUGUAGUCACGCACCUUAAGAAUCACCUUCGAGAACAUCACGUCGUGGAAGAAGGCUCUGUUGAAGAGUGUCACUGGGCCGAGUGUGGACACGAGUUCUCAGCCGAUGACGACAUUUCGACUGUUCUUAACCAUGUGCUGGGUCAUGUGGUAGCACGAACAGCCAGAAAAUCAGUGAAUUGAGCAAUCAGCUUUCUUUUUUGUGUUUUUGUGACUUGUUUCUUAACUUGAAAACUGUAUCAUUACACGGUUUAACCCUAAAACCUCGUUUUAUUGUCGAAGCAAUGAUAUUUCGCUAUUGCGAAGAAAAAUUUUUAAAUAAAAAUGAGUUGAAAACGUG